CAAAAUAUAAUUCUAUCCAUAAUCCAACAAUUAUUGUUUAUGUUCUAACUUCUAAAACACAUCAAUAAUGUAUGAGGAAGGUGCCUUGUAAUAGACAUCCAAUGAAAAAGAAAGUCAAUAAAAACCAUAUCUGUCAACUUAGACUACGAUUCUCAAAUCUUAAGGGCCUCCUUACACCAAUAACAUACAGACAGAUCAGAAACAUUAGAAACAACAUUUUCGAUUUCUAUUUUGUUGGUAUAAAAAAAUCUCCUUUUCAACUUAAUCAGAAACCAUUUUUUAGAUAACUUUUAGAUUGGUCUGAAUGAACAGCAGAGAUUCAAUGGCGAAAACAACCCACAUAGCAGUAGUUUCAAUCCCUGCAUUCAGCCACCAAGCCUCCAUUGUUGAGUUCUGCAAGAGAUUGGUUCAUGUCCAUCACCACUUCCAGGUCACCUGCAUCUUCCCCACCAUAGAUGCACCUCUCCCUGCCACACUCACUCUCCUCAAAUCUCUUCCUUCCAACAUCAACUACUCUUUCCUCCCUCCCAUCAACAAAAGGGACCUACCCCAAGAUGCUCUCUCAGCAGUGCAAAUCCAACUUGCGGUGUCUCAAUCCAUGCCAUCCAUCCAACACGUACUGCGGUCUCUCCUUUCAACCACGCCUCUGGUAGCUCUAAUUGCCGAUCUUUUCGCAAACGAGGCUCUGGAAAUAGCAAAGGAGUUCAAACUCUUGUCCUACGUAUACUUCCCUCAUUCCGCCAUGGCAGUCUCAGUGCUCCUCCAUUUGCCAUCUUUACACCAGCAAGUUUCAUGCGAAUACAGAGAUCACAAAGAAGCCAUUAACAUUCCAGGGUGUGUACCAAUCCAAGGCCGCGAUCUUCCCUCGCAUUUUCAAGACCGAUCUAGUCUUGCUUAUAAGUUAAUUCUCGACCGCUGCAAGAGACUCUCUCACGCUCACGGUUUUAUAGUUAACAGCUUCUCCAAAAUUGAAGAAAGUUCUGAGAGGGCCUUGCAGGAACAUAACAGAGUCAGCAGCAGCAACAGUUCUGGUGUUUAUCUGAUUGGGCCAAAUGUUCAAACGGGGUCCAGCAAUGAUCCAAAGGGUUCAGAAUGUUUGAAGUGGUUGGAGAAUCAAGAGGCUAAAUCGGUUUUGUACGUGUCGUUUGGAAGUGGAGGCACACUUUCUCAGCAACAGAUGAAUGAGUUAGGUUUUGGGUUGGAGUUGAGUGGUGAGAAAUUCUUGUGGGUAGUGAGAGCUCCCAGUGAUUCUGCAGAUGGUGCUUACGUUGGUGCUUCUAAUGAUGACCCUUUACAGUUUUUACCAAAUGGGUUCUUGGAGAGAACCAAAGGUCGUGGCUUUGUUGUUGGUUCUUGGGCACCACAGACCGAAAUCCUUGGUCACGUUUCAACCGGUGGGUUUUUAACUCAUUGCGGGUGGAAUUCGGCACUUGAGAGUAUUGUGCAGGGAGUGCCGAUGGUUGCUUGGCCCUUGUUUGCUGAACAGAGAACGAAUGCGGUUUUGUUAACAGAGGGUGUCAAAGUGGCUUUAAGGCCAAAAUUCAAUGACAGUGGCAUAGCUGAGAGGGAGGAAAUUGCAGAGGUAAUAAAGGGUCUGAUGGUGGGUGAACAAGGACGUUUGAUUCGUGGAAGAAUUGAAAAGCUCAGAGAUGCAGCUGCUGAAGCUUUGAAAGAACAUGGGUCCUCCACAAGGGCACUUUACCAAUUUGGCACUCAGAUAGAGAGGCUUGAGGGACAGUCCUAGUGUAAAUUGUAUUCCUUUCUGAAAUAAAAUAUAUAUAAAAAAAAUUAUCUUUAAUAAUUUUUUUA